AUUUAUUUUUGAAUUUCAGCUGUUCAGGUGACGUUUGUGUCGGUUAAUAUGAUAAUUUGAAGAUAAUUUGUUUUGCAACAUGGAAAGUUUGAAUAAAAAGGAUUUAAUUUCAACAGUUAAUAAGCAAAAGGAUCAGUUGGUUAGAUAUGAAAGUCGUUUGAGAGAUGUGGUGACGGCUUACAAAGGGCUGUUGAAGGAGAAGGAAGCUCUUGAAGAAGGCUUGAAAGCUCUCAGUGGCUCUGCAGAAAGCAAGAAGGAGGAGCUAGCCUCAGGCCCAAGCGAGGAAGUUGUCACGUCGCCUGCUUCACCAUCAGAAGGGCUGCCCCCCGGGGAUGAUGUCGCGGACACGUUGCGAGCCCAGCUGAAGACCCUGACGAGCUCCCUCGCCACGCUGACCGCGGAGAAGUCCCGCAUGGAGGCCAGCUUCCAGGCAGACAAGCGGCAGCUCCGGGCCGAUAAGGAAGAGUGCCGGAAGGAAGCCGACGCGCUGCGGGAACGACUGUCGCGGCAGCAGGCUGAGCUGGAGGAGUGGAGGGGGAAGCUGGUGGCGGAACAGCAGGCCUGGGAUAAAGAGCGCGGCGACCACGCAACCGCGGUCAGGGAGCUGCAGAGGCUGCUGGCGGAGGAGCGCGGCGCCAGGCAGGCCCUGGAGGCGGAGGUGGACGAGCUGCGGGUGAGGACCGCGCAGGCAGAGUCGCUGUGCGGGCAGCACGAGAAGCGCGGGCAGGAGCUGCGCGGCGAGGGGGAGGCGCUGCGACGCAGGCUGCGCAAGGCCGAGAGCCGCGCCGGCGAGCUGCCGCAGCUGCAGCUGCUGCGCGACGAGAUGGCCGCCGGCCUCAAGAGCCAGCACGAGGCCGCCAUACGGCAGGAGCAGGAGAGAGCGAUAGCUGCCGAGGAGCGGGCUCGUAAGUUGGCGGCCACGCACGAGGAGCGGGUGGCUAACCUGGAGUCACGCCUGGCAGAACUGUCGGAGACUGUCGGCAACUACGACAGGCUGCGGCAGCAGGACCAGCUGGCCAUUCACAAGCUGAAGGAUCAGCUGGCCCAGCUGGGCAGGUCCCGCGGCGCGAGCGAGGGCGACGCGAAGGAGGGGGGCAGCGAGGUGGACCGGGACCGGGACGUGCAGCAGCUGGUGGAGAAGAUGCUCCGCCUGAGGGCGCAGCUGCUGUCGGCCAACCAGCUGGCAGACAAGCCCCUCCGGCUGGACUCCGUGCUGGGUUUGAAGGACCUGUUGCCUCGCGACGAGGGCGCGGAGCACGCGGAGUGUCGCGAGGAGGAGCGCAGGCUGCGUCAGGAGCUGGAGUCGUGCCGCAAGCAGCUGCUCGUUGCGAAGCACCCUGCGGCCAGCAGCAACAAGGAGGCGGCCGUGCCCGCGGCUGGCGAGACGAGCGCCCUCAAGCUGCAGUUGAAGGAGUCGAAGGAGCAGGUGUCCUCGCUGCGCGCCCAGCUCCGGGAGGCAGAGCAGCAGCUCAGCCACAGGACUCUCCAACACCAGAAGGUGCUGAAGGCAGAGCAGGCCCGCUGGCGGGAGGAGCAGUCGCGGCGGGAGGCGGAGGCACGCGCCAAGGCGUCCUCGCUGGAGCAGCAGCUGCAGAAGCAGCGGGAGCGCUCCCUGGCGCUACUCGAGGAGAAGGAGCAGGAGAUACGCACGCUCAAGGAGUCCUUCCACAUGUUCCUGCCGGGCCGCAAGGCCUCCGCCUCGUCCGCCGGCAGCCGCACCCCGGCCGAGGCAUGCACGGACGACGUGGUGGCCAGCCUCUCGCAGUUCGGCGGCACGGUGCGGGGCGGCGCGGGGCAGAGCCCCCACAUGCUGCACUACGCCCACGAGCUGGCUCGGCGGGACGUGGAGAUCUCCAACCUGCGCAAGUCGCGCCUGCAGCUGGAAGGGGCCCUCAGGGAGCUGCAGCGGUCCGGCGCCGCCUCCCAGGAGAGGCACCUGGAGCAGGUCGCGGCGCUCCAGGAGGAGGUCUCCAGGCUGCAGCGGUGCCAGUCGCGCGAAGGGGCCAACCUGGAGUACCUGAAGAAUGUGGUGCUGAGCUUCCUGCUGACGGGCGACCCGGGGGCGCGCCGCCACAUGCUCAACGCCAUUUCGGCCGUGCUGCAGUUCACCAGCACCGAGGUGGAGCGCGUCAACCACAACCUGGCUCUGGCCCUCCUGCUCUAGCUCUCUCUCUCUGAUGGAACUGCAAUAAAGUGAUGCACCAUGUUCUCCUAUCCUUGAGUGCUUUACAGCAUUCUCAUUUUGUUCACGUGCUACGAGAUCUAGAUGUGUGAAAUGGGCGACUCCAGGAAGACUUUUCGGAAGGGGCUCUCCUACAAAGUAAGAAUGCAUGUCAUAGAUUGGCCUUUGAACUUUUUGAAAUUUAAUGUCUGAAAUACUGAAAUUUAAUACUUUCGUACAACUUUAAAUAAAAAAAAAAUAGAACUGGGGCUUGGGAGGGGCUAUCACCCCUACUGCUUCACCCCCCCUCUGGAGCACCACUUUAUGUGAAUAUCAUUCCAUUUAGCAGUUUUAAACCUUGUGAAAUUUUUUAUCAGGGUAUUUUAACAUCAUUUAAUUUUUAUAAUAUUUUGGCUCCAUAAAGAUGGGAACAGCUAAAGUAGUAUGAAAUAUGGGGAAGAGACUCUUAAUUGCAGAGACUGAGACCUAGUUAUUGAAGUAGUUAGAUGGUAGCUUUCACAAUAUAUCAUCAACAUAGCUGUAUUGAUUGUGAAAAGUAAUGCAUAAGCUAUUAGGUAAACUAACCAUUGAAAAUUAAUUCACUUUAUUUUGGUAGCACUGAUGUAUGGUAGAAACAGGUAUGCUGAUUUAUGUAAAGUGAUGGAAAUUGCUGUUGAUACCAAUGAACUAAGAUUUAAAGAAAGAAGCAUAUUAUGUAAAUUAUAAACAUGUUAUAUAUAUUUUGUAAAACUUUUAUUCUUAAUUCAAUGUGUGUGAGUAAAUAACAUUUGAAACUGCUCUGUUUAAUUUUAUUCUUGAUUAUGGCCAGUAGUAAAAAAUAUUAAGUCUACAUCCUCUCAGAAACUAAGCUUUAAACCAAUUAUUGUUUAAGUCUUACGCUAAGGGUUGUAGUUACUAAAAUGUUUUGUUCAAGUUAUUUAUAUAAAAUCCAGAAAAUAUAGAAAUAUUUUGAAUGGGCUCAGGUUGUGUUUACUAAGUUGUGAAUAUUUUUCUCUACUAUCUCAUUUUGGACACACUUUGCAAUAAUGGUAGGUUGUAUCAACAAUU